UCAUGUGACCGACAUACCAUUCAAUCAAAUUACAUUCGAAUCAGGCCAACCGGGAAUUCAAAUUACAAAAUACACCAAAGAUAAGCAUGUAAGAUCUUCUUGAGAGGAAUUCCGAGAUAACAUCUCAAUAUUAGUUGUUGGUAGGCAUGUUACAAGAUAAGGCAAUGCGUAGAGAAUCCAAUUAUACCGACUUUGUGUAAGGAUUAUUCAAAACAUGUGAAAAUCAAUAUCACCAGCUGAUGGAGAGAAAGUAUUGAUGAGGAACAAAGACCAGCAAAAAACAGAUUCCAACUAUAGACUGGUGAGAAAUUGAAGUCAGACUAUUCCAUAGUGCAAUGCUCACAGAACAACUGACCAAUCGACAGGACCUUGUUCAAUCUUUAGAUUCAGAUGCAAUCCUAGAUUAUUUGUUACAACAUGGUGUUCUAGACGAUGCUACCUGUAACAGCAUCUUACAGGAAAAUAACCGGGAACAGCGGAACACAGCUUUGUUACAUCACUUGGAGUUAAUAGGAAGCUCUGCCAUUGGUCUGUUUAUCAAUGCUUUACGCCAAUCAGGACAGCUGACUCUUGCCAGCUCUCUAGAUAAACAUAGAAUUAAACCAUGCUAUGGCAAAGGUUAUUUGGAGAAACAAAGGCACAAAGGGCAGAUAACUCUAAAUAUACAGGUGGAUGCUAUAAAGGCUGUAUUUCCUAAGUGGGAGGAGGGAGAUUCAUUUGAAGAGAAACAUGGAGAUACUCCAGAAAAGGAGAGGAAACUUUCCUGUUUUGAUGGAUUAUUACGUACACCGAGGCGAAUGCAUAAAUCCUAUGCAGACAUGACAUUAAUCGACGAUCCAGAAAACUUUAUGUCACCUAAAAGUCGUAAAAAGUUAGAUUAUUCUUAUGAAAGUGAAGAGGACUCAGAUGAUGAUCAGCGUAAGGGAUUCUGUUUUUGUCUCUGUGGUCCUCGCAAAAAGAAGAGACGAAAACCUUCCAACAAAACACAACAAAAAUAUGUUAACAGAAGGAAUGAUCGUAGUGCUAAUGAUGAGCUGCUCAUGAAAGUUUUGAAACAACCACAUUCUUCGCAAACACCAAUUACAUCCACUCCUAGUGGUCAAAAUAUUUAUACUGAUUACCGUCUGGUACAGUCUGAAAUUAAACAGGAAACCAGUGCUAAAACAUCUGAAAAGACAAGAACUAAAUCUCCAUUAAGGGAUAUAUCAAAUGAAAGAAGAGGUGAUUCUAAAAAUAGAACGGAUUCUCCUUCUAAAAAUAAACAUGAAGCUGGAGGAUUACCCAAAAAGCAAAGCAAAACAAACAGUCAUGUGAAGAAAAGUGACAAUAAAGAAAAUUCAUCUCCAUCGAUGAGGAAAUCUGGAUGUAAGGGAUCAGUACAGAACUCUAAUGCUAAUAUUUCAUGUGAUUCUUUAAAGUUAGAAAACUUAGAACCAAUUGAACAUUGUGUCAUGUGGAAAAAAAGGGGACCAACUUUCGAUGGCUAUGAACAAAAGUUUUAUGAUAUUCUUAAACCAAAACCUCAUUUAGAAAUAGUUAAAUAUUUUGAACAAAUACGCGGCACAUUGGUGCUUCAUAUUUAUACAGAAAAUGGUUUAAUUAUUGGAACUAUCUCGAUGACCAUUGCACAGCUUAAGUCAUUGAAAAAAGAAAUAGAUAAUGGACAAAUUUUAUGUCUGUUAGAGAAAUGGUUGCUAUCUGAACAGAUUAAUAAAGAUAUUGGUGUGAGUGAAAUGAAAUUGAAAAUUGUGAUGGAUGAUAACGAGUUUGAGAUGGCUUAUGAUGAAUUACAGUAAACAAAACACAAUGUAAAUGGGCUUUAUAUAUACAGUGGAUUCUUUAUUUUUCAUGGAUUCUUUUAUUUUCCAUCAUGUUCAUGGAUUCAAAUUUUUCAUGUAUUUGAAAAAAUAAUAUUUUUUGUGGAUAUUUUAUUUUGUGGUUUUGAUAAAUUCUGCAUAGAGGCCUAUAUAAAUUUUGUUAUUGGUUGGACAAACAUGACAUUUAGAAAUGUGGGUUACCUAUAUCCAUGUAAUCCACAUAAAUUGUUUUCCCAAGAAUAAUAGUAAAACCACAGUAACUUAAUUAAUAUAUUGAUUGAUGAACAGGUUAGACCAAUGUUUCAAGGUAGAACCAUUGUUGUUUUAAAAAAAAUGAGGCAAUUUCAGAAAUAUUUGAUAUUAUCUAAAACUGGUAUUUACAGUUGACUUUUGUAGAGUUAUGAGUCUUUAAACUUAUGAAUCUGGUGAGAUUUUGUUUGUCCAGUGACAAUGUUGGGGCGUGGGGUAUUUGAGCGAGCUCACAAAGGUUCUUUAAUUGUAAUAUCUAGUCACUUCAGGGCUGUAUGAACCAAUGCUUGCUUGAAUUCACAUGGAACAUUCCUACCUGCAGAUGUUAUUACAUACAAUACAUGUACAUGUAUGCACUUUACUUACAACAUACAUUACAUAUAUACAAGUCAUAUUGCAUGUACUUAUGUUAUAACUUGUUUACAUCAAGAUCACUUUUAUGUCAUUUAAAAAAAAAAAAUCAUCCAUUUUUUAUUUAUUAUUUUUUUGCUGCAGUUUUUAUUAUAUCUAAUAUUUUAUUUUGAAAAAUGGACCAGUUAGAAGAAAUGUUUUGAUGAGUUGAAGCAUGUUUUUAUUGGUAAACUAUUUUACUGUUUGUUACAAUGUAGUAUAAUCAUGAUAAUUAAUCAUUUUAAAAUGAUUUUACUUAUGAUCAAAUGAAACAAAUGUUAUAUGUUAAUAUGUUUUAGAGUUAAAUUUUUAAAAUUGACCUAAUCAUUUUAAAUGUCUAUUAUUAAUACAACGACUGUCUGAUUUUUUUCCCUAAUGUCCAGUGGCAAAUAUUUCAUGCAUAUUAGAUGUUUUCUGGAUGAUAAAUGCAACAAGAUAUACAAGGUACAUGUGUGCUUGUAAUAUAUUUCUAUAUAUUUAUUUUGAAAUCACAAAUUGAAUCCUUAAGAUUUUAGAGCCAUAUUAUAUUAUUUUUGUUAUUGUUUUACCCAUUUUGAUCAUUGUUGAUGUAUCCCAAGGAUUUUGGUCUAGUUCAUCAAUGAAGCUUAGUUGUAGUACACUACAUUUUGCAGUCAAAAUUGAUGGACAAUUUGAUGUCUUGUUUGUAAUAUGUAUGAUAUAUUUCAGGAGUUCGUAUGAACCCCCCUUGAAAAACAAAUGAGCACUGUUAAAGUCGAUGUUCUGUUUGAAUUGUGACUUAAAGUUGAGUUUGUGAGUCAAAAUAACUCCAUUGGAAAUUCCUGGCUACAGGCCCUGUUGUUUUUACCAAAAAUAUUUCAUUUUAAACAGUUGCUUAUAGAGUUGUAGUAUUGAAAUAGAACAGUUAUAUAUGUUUGGUUUUUUUUUACCUUUGAUAGUACUAUUUAACAAACUUUUAAAUAUGAAUUCAGAUAUUUUUUUAUAGAAAUUCAUUUUUUUUUAUAACUGAAUUUUCAUUACAAAUGAGAAAGACAUUACUUUUAUAUUAUGUAUUUUUUUUUAAAGUGUGCAAUUUGCAAACGGGUUUUGUAGUACAUGUAUUUAUGAGUGUUCAAAUGCUACUUGCUUCCAAAGUAUGUUAUCUUCAAUGGUCAGGCAACUUUUGAAGUCAAAUCUUGCAAAGUAUGUGCAAUUUUGUCAUAUCAUGCCUUAAAUUAUGCAUUCAUAAUUAAAUUAUAUAUGAAACAA